AUGUCGACUAUAAUCAUUGGAUUUGUGUAUAAUCUGCUGCAAAUGGGGUUCUCAAUCUUCACUGUGGUAUCAGGGAAUCGUGUGUUAAGUGGUGAUGGUGGUUAUCUGUUUGAAUUUUUUGGUGAUAAGAUCAUAUCGUACUUUCUGAUUUCUGGUUCAUCUGCUGGAUUUGGUUUGACAGUUGAGUUGCGAAGAGGUGCACCCUCCAACUCAUUUACUGACAAGGCACACGCUUCAGCUAGUCUUCUUCUGAUUGGAUUUCUGUUCACUGCCAUAGCUUCAACUUUCACUUCCUUUGCUUUGUCAAAGAAAACUAAUAGUUAG